AUGCCAGGGUUCAAUCCCUGCACCUUCCCCCAUCGCACCCUUCCCCCAUUGCACCCUUUCCCCCAUCGCACCCUUUCUCCUUUCCUUGCACACUUCACCCUGGCUCACCCUUCCCCCACCUCACCCUGUGUCGGGCGGAGAGGGGAGGCCCACGGGCGCCCAUGGGCUGCCAGUCCCACUGUCUCCGCCACUCGCUUCGGUCUCUUCCGCUUGCUCGUGUCAGGAGGGGUAGAUAGCGCCACGAGCGCCCACGGGCUGCCAGCGCAGCUCCGCUCCAUCAUUCCCCGCUCGCACCACCGCCGCAAGGGGUACCCCUUGGGGCCGCUCGUUGAUUUCACCACUUAUGCUGACAGCCACCAGACACCCCUUCCUCCGCACGCCUGUGAGACACCAUAUUCCUUGCCAUGCCACCACCACCUUCCCGCAUUCCACCUCGCCCUCCUCUCCCCUCCUUUAGACCCCGUGUUCCUGCUAUCGCCCUAUGCGUGCACUCGCACAACCUCCAGCCUCACCGUCCCCUGUGUUCCCCCGCAACCCGCAAACCCCCAAACCUCCUUUCCGCCCAUGCCUUCCCCCCAGACCCCGUGUUCUUACUUUCCUUGCUCGGCAUGCACUCGCGCAACCUCCAGUCUGACCCGCGCUGCAGCGUGGUGGUGCAGAUCCCACCUCCCCUGGCUGGAGCCUGGAUCCUUAACCCAAACCUUCUUUGUUUGCCUGCUCUCCCCACCACCCCCCAACCCCACUCCCCUUUCCUCGAGACCCUUUGUUCCUGCUCUCCCCUCUCGACAUGCACUCGUGCAACCUCCAGACAGAUCCGACCCGCGCUGCAAAGUGGCCGUGCAGAUCCCUGACCUCGUGAUCCUGCUCUCCCCUCUCGGCAUGCACUCGUGCAACCUCCAGUCGGACCCGUGCUGCAACGUGGUGGUGCAGAUCCCGGGGUGGAGUGGCCUUGCCAACGCCAACGCGCGUGCCACCAGAUUCGGGGACCUCUACCCUCUGCCGCCCAGCCAGCAGGUAUGUUCUGUGAUUGCCAACCUGCGCUUCUGUGAUUGCUGCCGUCCUGCCACGUGCACUGCUGCUCUUCCCAUCACCUCACCUGCCUCCAUUUCCCAGCCUUCUUUCCCCCCUUAA